GUGUGGAGUAACCAGCACCACCACCAUCACCACCAUCAUCACCACCACCACCACCACCACCACCGCCAUGGAGGAGGAAGUUAUCUUCACCAUCAUCAAGAUCAUCAUCGCGGGAUCCACUUACCAGACGGCGUGAUGGUGUGUGAUGCGGGUGAGGGCUGGAGGACGGCUGGGCUUGCCCUUCUCUCCCUCACCUCCCUCACUCUCCUCCUCCUGCAGCAUUGUCGGCUCUCCUACCACCUGCACAGCGAGGAUGACGCGGCGGGCGUGGAGCGUCAGCCGGCGUGGCGAGAGGAGGAGCAGCGAGCACACACACGCAGCCUCCUGCUCCAGAUAGCACAACUCAAGGACCAGCUGGCCAAGGCGCGCGCCGAGAGGGCGACGGAGGUGGAGUCGUCUGAAGGCGGCGGCGCAGCGGGGAAGAAUGGUGGAGGUGGCGGAGGAGGAGGUGGUCAGCGAGGAGGUGGAGGCAGCAACGCGAGCAGCCAGGUGGUGCCGGUGGAUGGUGCGUGCGCGGCCGUAAUCCAGCACCAAGUGGCCCAGUCGGAGAUCACGCAAGGCAUCUCCCUCAACAACGAGUACGAGGUGAUCCCCUUCUCUCACUUCACCUGGUCCCGCGUCUACCCCUCGGAGCUGGGCCUCGGGAAGCGGGUGGUGGAAAAGCCGAUUGGUUUUAAGAGGCGAGACAUCCUGGCCGCCCUCACCGCCGCCCUCGACCACCUCAACACCCCCGUGCCCGCCAGGUUCAGCGUGGACGACUUCGUGGAGGGCAUGUACCGCACGGUGGCCACGAGCGGAACGCAGUACGAGCUGGUGUUCCACGACCGCCAGGCCAACCAAUCCUGGCACCAGUACCGCACCGUCACCCUCAUGCGGCCCUUCGCCCCGCUGACCGUGGUGACCCGAGACCCGCACUCCACGCGCCAGAUGAUCAACAUCAUCCUGCCGCUGUCUGGCCGGAUCGACACCUUCCGAGGCUUCAUGGACAAGCUGGGAAGCCUUAUCCUGCGCCACGACCGCCGGCUCUUCCUGACGGUGGUGUACUUCGGCCACGAGGGGCUGCAGGAGGUGCGAAACAUCAUCACGUCAGCCUCCAAGGAAGCCAAGUUCAGGCACAUCAAGCUCCUCACCCUCAACGAGACCUUCUCCAGGGGCAAGGCGCUGCAGGUCGGGGCGACGCACUGGUCCAAGGGCGACGUUCUGCUGUUCAUGUGUGACGUGGACGUGGUGUUCAGCACUCGCUUCCUGGAGCGAUGCCGCCUCAACGCCGCGCCGGGCCGCUCCGUCUACUACCCGGUGGUGUUCUCGCUCUACAACCCCCACAUGGUGUACCCACUGCAGGGCAAGGCCGUGCCGCAGGAGUUGGACCAGCUGGUGAUCUCGCGCGACACGGGCUUCUGGCGGGACUUCGGCUACGGGAUGACCUGCCAGUACCGCUCCGACUUCCUCAGCGUGCAGGGCUUCGACGAGGACAUCAUCGGCUGGGGCGGCGAGGACGUCCUGCUCUACCGCAAGUACGUCAAGUCCCGCCUGUCUGUGAUCCGCGCCACGGACCCGGGCAUCUUCCACCUGUGGCACCCCAAGGAGUGCUCCACCUCCCUCUCCGCCGACCAGUACCGUGCCUGCAUCACCUCCCGCGCCCUCAACGAGGCCUCCCACGCCCACCUCGGCCUCAUCGCCUUCAAGGACGACCUGGGCAAACAUCCUCUAGGCGCCGAAGCCCUGACGGGGGGCGGCAGCAACCUGGAGGAACAGCAGCUCAAGGCCGAAAUGUGAAGCUCUGCAGGGGCGGGGUAGGCAUAGGAACACACACACACACACACACACACUCACACACACAGUCCAGCUGCUCCAGUCAGUGCAGCAAGCAGGAGCAUCUUGAGUUCAGUAGGCUCUCCACGUCUUCCAGUAAGUUUUUUUUCAUUUUUUUCCCACCUGCUCGUUGCGUUAAGUUCCUGUCUCGUCACCCCCUCAGCCACACUUCCUCCACCUGUGUGUAUAAGGAAACAGUCGACCUUCCAGCCUCCAAGAGUAGUUGUUUUAGUUUGGGUGCAGUUUGGCUCCUCGUUACACACACUCAUAUGCAAUUAAGUAAAAAAGAAAAAAAAUAUCCACACUACAUUUGUGAUACGAGUACCAGUAAAAGUGUAAUGCAGUAACUUAUAUACUUGUGUAGAAGUCCACCUCACAUAAAAGUCAAUUUCCAAGGCCAUGAUGUCACUGAAGAAUAAAUCAAAACUUGCUGA